AUGAGAACACGUAACCUAGGAUUCUUGGUUUUAGGGUUUACUUACUCGGUACUCCUAAUUAGUUUUGCCACAUUUUAUUGGUUGCGCAACAGUGAAUCUUUACUGUACUAUUGGUGUGUGAUACUGCUAUGUCCUGCGACCCUCUGGUUAUGGGCACUCAUAUCCUGGUGCGAUAGUGAAAUGUUUGCAAGCAGUAAAGAUGAAUAA